GCCGCUGAAGUCCGGACGGAAAACACGCAGUGGGACGUUUCCCCUCAAAAAAAUACACUUUGGACUAUAUAAAGUAAACUCUGCUCUUUUUUUCUUAUUUUUCUUAUUUGUUUUGGGUACGUACUAACAGGACGGACACUGUCUCCAUAUUCUACGCAUAAUUCACACAGAGGACUUCUUUUUUUAUUUUUUAUUUUUUUUUUGAAAAUUGGAGUAUAAAAGAGCCGCGUCGGUGAUGCUUGAGCUGAGAGGAUUCUCCGUCCUUCGGGACAUUUAAGGACGUCCAGCUGUGUGUGUGUGCGUGUUUAUUUAUUUUUUAUUACAUGGAUUACAUUCAUCUGCGCGUAAACACUAUUCUGGACUAAAAAAGUAGCCCGACGCACAUCCGACCUUAACGCGCGGCGCCCUUUCUCCGAUGAAAUAUCUCCCUUUAGGAUCAGUAAGUAAGCGGAUCGAGCUCAGCGAGACCAGCGACCGUCCAAAGCCUCGUCCCGGUGCCGCGGUGUCCCUGUUGACCCCUCUGGACCCACUUCGCCAGGCAAAGCGGCUCCCCAUCCGAGUCCUCAAGAUGUUGACGGCGCACACUGGACACUUGCUACACCCGGAAUAUUUACAGCCGUUGACGCCCGCGCCAGUGAGCAUCGAGCUGGAUGCCAAGAAGAGUCCACUGGCCCUGCUGGCACAGACCUGCUCUCAGAUCGGUAAGCCGGACCCUCCGUCCUCCUCCAAGCUGGGCUCUUCCAGCAGCCAGGGGGACAAGGAGUCCAGCGGUCGGUCAUCCGGCUCCAGCCAGAAGCACGGAGAGCUCCGCCCCUCCCUGGAGGACAAGUGUAGCUUCAAGCCCUACAACAAAGGCGGUGGAGACUGUCGCAGAGACGGAGUAACCAGCAGCAGCAGCGGCGAUAAAGCCGGGUUCAGGGUACCCAGCAAUAAUGUCACCACUAACGGAAAUUCAACCAAUGGCCAGCAGUCCUUUCCAGUGCACGCUGCCUCGCCCAGCUCCAGAGCCAGCAGCAGCACCCCACCAGGACACACUCUGCAGCAGCAGCAGCAUCACAAACUGAGCCAGUCUCCUGGUGGACAGCCACACACUCACACUCCUGGAGGAGAAACUGCACGCGAGCAAGGCAGUCCCACCAGCAUCAGCAGCAGCGGCAGCAAUAAUCCCAAAAAAGACUCCGACGUAAACAAGGCCGGCUCGGACAGUCCGCACGACGCAAACUCCAGCCACGUACGAGCCCACACCAACUGCAGUAACGGCAGUUCUGACGGGGGCUCCAACCACGAGGGGGGAAAAGCGGAGUCCGCGCAGCCGAACCUCGGCCCCGGACGCAUCACGCCCAUUUCUCCCUACAAAACCAGCCAACUCUUCCCCCUGCCCUCCUCCAACAUGGGCUACCACGGAUCUGUCGUGGGGUCGUACGCCGGCUACCCGUCUCAGUUCGUCCCCGGGCUGGAUCCCACAAAGUCGGGCCUCGGCAUGGGCGUGCCAGGGAAGCACCCGAGCUCCAGCCCUCUCACGGGGGCCUCCCCUCCGUCCUUCAUGCAGAGCUUAUGCAGGGACCCCUAUUGCCUAAGCUUCCCGAGUGUGUCCCAUCUCGGCGGAGGCAACUGCAACUCCUGCAUCCACGACCCCUCCCCCGCCCUCAAAUCAAACUUCCCCAUGGUGUACCCCUCCCACCCGCUGCACUCCCUCCACCAAAGCUCCAUGUCGUCCAGCGUGUCCUCCUCCCUCUCGCAUCCCCUCUACACGUACGGCUUCAUGCUCCCCAACGACUCCAUGCCCCACGCCUGCAACUGGGUCUCGGCGGGGGGGCCGUGCGACAAGCGGUUCACCACGUCCGACGAGCUGCUGGCUCACCUGCGCACGCACACGGCGCUGCCCGUGGGGAUGGACAGUAAGAUGCUCUCCGUUUCCUCCUCUGGACCGGCCUCCUGCCACCUCCACCUCCCACACCAGAGCAGCCCAGGAUCCAUGCACAGCUCCCUGGCUCUCAGGGCGCCGCCCGGCCUGGGUUUAGCUCGCUAUCACCCCUACAAUAAGGUCCAUCUGCCCCCUGGACCCUCCUCCAUAGCCCUGCACUCUCUGCCCACCACAAGCCCGUACUACCCUCAUUACGCCCUCUACAGUCAAAGACUUGGAUCUGCAUCUGCUCUGGGCUACCAGUGAUACACAACACCCACUUACAUGUUCAAAGGAGACGUUCGACAUUUUGGGUAAUGCGCUUCUUCCCUUUCUGGCAGAGAGUCAGAUGAGAAGAUUGAUAACACUCUUGAAUAUCUUUCUCUUAAAUAUGCAAACACAGCCCACUUAGCUUAGCACAAAGACUGUAAACAGGGGGAAACUGCUAGCCUGGCUCUGUGCAAAUGCAACACAAUACCCCAACCAGCACUAAAUCUAAAUCUUGGUUUUUUUUUCUACAUAAAAAGUGUAAAAACUUAAUUUUGCCGUUUUCUGGGGAACAUGUUUCCAUUAACACGAUGGAACUCCAGCCCAAAG